GUGCCUCUAUCACUAAGUUCCUGCACGGUAGAUAACUCUAUCGUCAAGUUCGGACUGGUCUGAUUAAAAUAUUUUACAUGUACAAAAUCUAGACAGCUGACAAAAAAUGGCCGCUGCCAACUCUCCCAAACCGUCCUGCUGUACGAGGCUUUUCGUGGCUGCCAUCGACUUUGGCACCACCUAUUCUGGCUACGCAUUCUCUUCCAAAUCGGAAUGGACCAAAGUGCAAACGAAUAUAUGGCCGUCAUCAAACCAAAUGUCCUCCAAAACCCCGACUGCUUUGUUGCUGAACCCAGACAAAUCAUUUAACUCUUUUGGGUAUGAUGCAGAGAAAAACUAUGCUGAUUUGGCCGAGGAGGAUGAAGAUGAAUACAAAGAUUACUAUUAUUUUCAUCGUUUUAAAAUGCUUCUGCAUAAUUGUAAGAAUCUUCAUCGGAACAUCUGCAUAGAUGAUAUGACAAGAAAGCGGAUGGAAGCUCACACCGUUUUUACUCAUUCCAUAAAGUACAUUGUGGACCAUUUAUUUGACAAACUGAAGGCAGCCUACCCAGACAUAGUGUUAGAUGACAUCCAGUUUGUACUGACUGUACCUGCUAUCUGGGAUGACCCCUCCAAACAGUUCAUGAGGGAGGCAGCAACUGCUGCUGGGAUCAAUGCUAACCAGUUGUUAAUAGCCCUGGAGCCUGAGGCUGCCUCCAUCUACUGCCAACACAUACCAACAGAGGUGGGGGUGGUGGGCACCAGCUCAUUCCUUAGGACAGCCAAACAAGGAACCAAGUAUAUGAUUGUGGACCUCGGAGGUGGCACAGCUGACAUUACGGUACACUUGAGGUCUGGAGAGGGGGUACUGGAUGAAGUGAGACCGGCCAGUGGGGGGCCAUGGGGAGGGAAAUCUGUUGAUGACAAAUUUGAGAAGUUUAUGAAGGAGAUCCUUGGUGAAAAAGUAAUUGAAGAAUUACAAACAGAGCAUAUGGAAGACUAUCUGGAUCUCUUUAGAGAAUUUGAAAGCAAGAAAAGAAACAUUUCAACUGUGAAGACGGGGAAAGUUCACAUGAAAAUACCCUUAGCUGUACAAACUCUAACAAAGAAAAAACAGAAGAAAAGUAUGGCAGAAGUAUUAAAGGAAUCCAAGUAUGGUGAAUCUGUACAUUUUGCAAAUAUGAAACUACACAUGGCAGUGGAUGUAUUUAAAAACCUUUUUAAGCCAACAGUGGAAGGCAUUGUAAAACAUUUAAAAGAGGUAUUCCAAGAAAAAAAUGUACAUGAUGUAGAGACAAUAUUAAUGGUAGGUGGAUUUUCUGAAUGUGAACUAGUUCAAACUGCCAUAAAAAAUAAUUUUAAGGAUAAAAGAGUGAUAAUACCAGAAGAGCCAGGACUUGCUGUUUUAAAAGGGGCAGUGUAUUAUGGCCAUGUUCCCAAAACUAUUGGGCGUCGUGUGGCAAGAUACACCUACGGCAUCCAGAGUUGGCCGGAAUUUGAUCCAUCUAAACAUCCGGAUGCCAAAAAAGUCAUGAUUGGAACAACAGCAAGAUGUAGAGAUGUAUUCUUUAAAUAUGUGACCAAAGGUGAACUUUUGACCCCAGGUUAUCGAAGGUCACAGAUCUUCCAAGCUCUGAAACCAGACGAGGAGUGUUUGGAAUGUGCUAUUUACGUGUCGGAUGAAGAAAAUCCAGUUUUUGUGGAUGAUGCAUCAUGUAGAAAGCUUGGUACUCUAAGGGUACCGUUACCAAGGGUUUCUGUGGGAUGUUCAUUGGAAAUCGAGGAAACCAUGAUUUUUGGAGACACUGAACUAGAAGUGCAAGCUCGGGACAUUUACACCAACCAACAAUGUGAAGUCUCCAUUGACCUUCUAAGUAACAAUGUCGUUCAAAAUGGAAAUUAGGUUACCAACAAAAUAAAAGCUCUCGCUUUC